CCUAAACUCCUCCUACUGGCUGAUAUCUAUCUAUCUAACAUGGCCGCCUCCUCUGAAAUCAACAACGAUCGAUACUCAUCAAUUAACCCGUCCCUCCCUCUCGACAUAGUCUCCGACAUCCUCCUCCUCCUCCCCGUGAAGACCCUCUCGCGUCUCAAACUGGUGUCCAAAUCUUGGCUCUCCCUCAUCUCCAGCCCCUCCUUCAGAUCGUCCCACCGCCGCCGCCGAUCCAAACACCCCCUCCUCCUCGUGGCGACCUGCAAAACAGACGGUCGGGGACACCUCCGGACCCACUUGCACGUGCUAGACUACUACAAGAAGCAAGGAGGAGGACGAGGAGGGAAAGCCCUACUAGACCGUGAAACCACCACAGGCUACUACUCACCGAGGGAGGAGUCGUGGUUCCCCAGGCUAGUCUUCUCCUUUUGCCUCGACCUCGUCUGCAUGUACGAUCCCGAUGACAUCUACAUCCGAAACCCUGCGACCAGGGAGCAGAUCAUUCUGCCCAGGAGGAAAUAUUCGGGGCUCGGCAGUAGGGUGGAAGGCGGCCGCGCGGCGGCAUUCGCUUACCUUCCUUCUACAGGGGAAUACAAGGUGCUCCGUGUGUUUCUAAUUUCCUUCCGCUCCAGUCACCAGCACUUUAGAAGUGAGGUCUUCACACUUGGGUCAGGGAGAUGGAGGGAGAAGGAGGGCCCCCCCUUUUGGGUUCAUGACGACAACUCGGCCGUCGUCGACGAAGCUGUCCAUUUCCUGCCAUGUAUUUUUAGAUGGCGGCUGGGUGUCGGUGAUAAUCUGCGCGACGAGGCAAUAGCCCGGUUCGAUCUCAAGAAGGAGGAAUGGUCGACGCUACCGCUGCCCGGCAUAAGACACUUCUCACGGGACUCGCGCGACCGGGCGUGGUUCUUUCGCCUCACGCGGCUGGGCGGAUCGCUGUGCAUGGAGUGCUUGGGGCGAUCGGGAGUCGAUCUGUGGCUGCUGGAGGAGGGCCGUGACAGCAGCUGCGCGUCGUGGGUGAAGGCGUACAGCAUCGACUACCAAAGAACUUGGAGCAGGGGAACAAAAGAAAAUCCAAUGAAACCUAAGUUAUUAACUUUAUCGAUAUAUAUUCACUUAGAAUUUAAAGAAAGAACAGAUAUCCUAAAAAUGGACCAUACUUUGUAUGAAAAGUUUUUUAUAGAACUUAUUAUGAAGGAUUAUCACGAAAAUUUAAAAUUUCUAACCUUCAAUCGAAUAUCUUUGAAUCUGAAAGAUGAACGACAAAGUCUGCAACCAAUCUCUCGAGACUUCAUUUUGAGGGAGAUGGGAGCGAGGGAGGAAGGAAGAGAGCGAGGGAGGAGGGACUUUAAAAUUGAAAUAGAAGAGAGAUGGUAUAUAUAG